CUCCACCGAUUCAUAAUUCAUUCAUCUCUCCAAUUUUCGUGCUUAAGAAACUCGCUCCAAUUUUCUUCAUUGGCCUGCCAUUUUCUCUUUCCUCUCCCACCGUCUUUCUCUGCUCAAAUCCAACCUCCAGUCUCUCUCCAUUUUGGACUUCGCAGUCUUAUCGCGACUUCCAUAAAUUAGGUUUACUCUACGUUUCUACUGCUGGAAUCUGCAUCUCCGUAUUCGUCCCUUGCCGCCGCCGUCGUCGUUUUAUACUCCCGCAAUAAGCUACUGUAUUCAGAGGUGGUGAAAGUGAAAGUUGGUGAAGUUUGAGAUUAACAGAGGAUUCGAGCGAGCGAGCGAUUGAGAGUUGAAGACAGACGUGUGUUCGUUCUUGCUUGAGUUCGUGUUUUCGUGCGGGAUUCUCUGUUUUGGCUGGACGCUGAGACUGUAAAAAAUGCCGCACAGAACGACUUACUUCUUCCCGAGGCAAUUUCCGGAUCGCGGAUUUGACUCGGCAUCAACUUCCAAACAGAUUUUGGAUCACGAGAAGAAAAUCAACAAAGACACUUUUAGUACUGAAAGCGACGCGAAACCGACCCCGCGGCCAGCGCGCGACUUUAGCGUCACGAAGAGUUCGGCUGUAUCGGAUCUUUUCACGGGGGACAAGACUCAAAGCAAUAAGAAACUUCCUGCUUUUUACGAUUGGUUGGUGGACAAGAAAGCAACGCGAUCGGCGACUGCUCACGUGAAAACUUGGCUUUCCAAUUGCGACGAGGAGCACGAGCUUUUGCUUCCGCCGCCUACCUCGGAGCCGGACCACGACACAACGCCGGUUAAGGAUCGGAGUGUUGACCGGAACUUUGACCGUCAAGUUUCACUGCCUAGGGUAUCAAGCGGGAGUAGCUAUGCGGGGAGUUUGUUUUCAGGAACGGGAACGGGAACGGGGACAGUGGAUGGAAAUUUUUCCAGCGAUGUUAAGGAUUCAUCGGCCUCAAAGAUCUUGUCCUCGCGCACGGCAAGGCCGGAAGAGAUUGAGGUUGAAGGUAGUAAGGAGAACCUAGCAAAGAGAGCGACAGAGAGUUAUUACCUGCAACUUGCUCUGGCUGCAUCGCUUCGCUCCAAUGCUAGUCUCGCUGGCGAUCCUGUGCUUAUGGAGGAGGGCAGGGUCGACGUUACGGACGCUGAAACCGUUUCUUACCGACUUUGGGUAAGUGGUUGCCUCUCCUACUCCGACAAAAUUUCAGAUGGCUUCUACAAUAUUUUGGGUAUGAACCCAUAUCUCUGGGUUAUGUGCAAUGAUUUUGAGGAAGGUAGACGGCUACCACCACUGAUGUCGCUUAAAACCAUUGAACCAAGUGAGACGUCAAUGGAGGUGGUUCUUGUUGAUAGACGUGGGGACUCUCGACUGAAAGAGCUUGAAGACAAAGCACAAGAACUAUAUUGUGCUUCAGAGAACACCCUGGUGUUGGUGGAGAAACUAGGAAAACUUGUUGCGAUCUACAUGGGGGGCACUUUUCCGGUGGAGCAAGGAGGGUUACAUCUCCAUUGGAAAGUGGUGAGCAAAAGAUUGAGGGAAUUUCAGAAGUGCAUAGUGCUUCCAAUUGGUAGUCUUUCUAUGGGGCUAUGCAGACACCGUGCAAUACUUUUCAAGAAAUUGGCAGAUUAUAUAGGUUUGCCAUGUCGGAUAGCUAAAGGUUGCAAGUAUUGUGUUGCAGAUCAUCGAUCCUCUUGCCUCGUCAAAAUUGAAGACRACAGGCAAUCAUUGAGAGAAUAUGUAGUUGAUUUAGUUGGGGAACCAGGAAAUAUACAUGGUCCAGAUUCCUCAAUUAAUGGAGGGUUCCCAUCUUCAAUGCCUUCACCACUCCACAUUUCUCAUUUAAAAGAGUUCCAAGAACCUUUUGUGGAAAGCCAUCAGACCGUAGGCUCAAAGCAAAAUCGUGCUUUUCCUCUAAAUCUUCUACAUUCAGGUUUUGGAGAGCACCAGAUGAAAGGGGGAAGCAUUUUACAUAAGAGUCCAGGGCCUGAAACUGAUAAUUUGGUCGAUCAAGCUUGUAUGAGAUCAUUGCAGCUGUGUUUGGAAACAAAAGUGAGCAAGGAGUGUGUGCUUCAGAGUCAUAUAUUGGCAUCUGCUGACGCUGAUGCCUCCAAGGUGUUGGAUUCUGUUGCUGGUGCAUCUUUACAUGAAAACAAAGUAGUAGUUGAAGAAAUAUGCCGGACAGAGGCGGUUGUGGCAGGGAUUUCACUGAAUGGAACUCCUUCAACUCAAACAAAUUCAAAGGAGGUUGAGGGUCGGUCUCAAAAUUGUUCAGCGGCAUACCUGACACUUGAACCAUCACUUGCAAUGGAUUGGCUGGAAAUUGCAUGGGAUGAAUUACAUAUAAAGGAGCGUGUUGGAGCUGGCUCAUUUGGAACAGUGCAUCGUGCUGAAUGGCAUGGAUCGGAUGUUGCUGUCAAGGUUCUAACCGUGCAGGAUUUCCAUGACGAUCAGUUGAAAGAGUUUCUAAGAGAGGUUGCAAUAAUGAAGCGGGUCCGCCAUCCAAAUGUGGUCCUCUUCAUGGGUGCAGUUACAAAACGACCUCAUCUUUCGAUAGUAACUGAAUACCUGCCAAGGGGUAGUCUCUAUCGUCUAAUUCACAGGCCAUCUUCUGGCGAAUUGAUGGAUCAAAGGAAGCGAUUGCGCAUGGCACUGGAUGUUGCAAAGGGAAUCAACUACCUACAUUGUCUCAAUCCUCCUAUAGUACACUGGGAUCUUAAAUCUCCUAACUUGCUGGUUGACAAAAAUUGGACAGUAAAGGUUUGUGAUUUUGGGUUGUCCAGAUUCAAAGCAAACACUUUCAUAUCAUCAAAAUCUGUAGCUGGAACACCCGAGUGGAUGGCUCCAGAAUUCCUUCGGGGAGAGCCUUCAAAUGAGAAGUCUGACGUUUACAGUUUCGGAGUGAUCCUCUGGGAACUGGUAACAAUGCAACAACCUUGGAGUGGGCUUGGUCCGGCUCAGGUUGUGGGAGCUGUCGCUUUCCAGAAUAGAAAGCUUUCCAUCCCAUCAAGUACUUCCCCACUGCUGGCUUCGCUCAUCGAGUCUUGCUGGGCAGACGAUCCGGUUCAGCGCCCAUCCUUCGCAAGCAUAGUCGAGUCUUUAAAGAAAUUGCUCAAAUCUCCACAGCAGUUGAUAGCGAUGGGCGGAACGUGAAGACAUCUCCCAGCUAGCUGCUAAAGCCGAUUUGGGAGAGCUAACCAAUUAUGCAGUAACAUAAACCCCUUGAUAACCAAUAUCUUCAACUGACUCGGUCAUUUUGGUCUUUGGCAACUGUAGAUUUUGGUGGUUGUAUAAGGCUGGAAAUAGCCCAUUAAGCAGAUGAAAGCUCAGGCUUUUAGUAGCAAGUACCCCAUAGAAAAACAGUAAAUUCUACGUCAAUAUUGGUUCUGCAAUGGGGUUUAUAACAUCGCAAAUCCAAAUGUAAUACAGUUCCAAAAUUACUGGGAACGUAUUUUUACUGCUAACUGCACUGUACCCGGCCUGUAAUCUCUGUGAACCCGCAGUAUGUUAUCGCCAUCUCUAAUGGUGAAAGCGGAAAUAAAAUAAAAUAUUACCAAUUUCUUUUUAC